AUGAGGCUAAAGGCUAAAGGGGCUCAGACUGAGACUGUAAUCCCCGGAUGGAAGCAUCAUGGCGGCCACUCGCUGAGCUGUCAAGCUCUCCACAAAAGAAAAGAAACCUCAAAACCAAUGGAUUUGGUGGAUAUUUGCCCACCAAGCCCUGCUUCUAAUAAAAAGAAGUGUGCACGCAAAAGGAAUAAGGUUUGGCGUAAACGGUGCCACCGUAGGAAGCGUGCAGUUCAGCUCCCAACUAUGCAACGUGAAGUUCAAAAUGGACCAAAGAAGACACCAGAAAAAUGUGUGCAUAGCACAGAGCCUUUGUCAAAAAAGCCCACCCAAGGUGCACCACAAAGUGAAUGCUGGACAAACAAUAAUAUCAAUGCACUCAGGUUUACGUGCACACAAUGCAAGAACAACCUGGAAUAUAUUCCCAAAGACUUAGUGAGGCACUAUGAGGAAAACCACAGAGGGAGCUCACCUGUUUUUUCUUGUCACAUGUGCCCUUUUAAUACACAAAAGUUCUCCUACCUUCAGGUUCAUCUGUUAAGCCACAAGGACACUUUUUCUAGCUGCUGCAUUUGUAAUGACACCGUGAAGCGUACGUGGUCUGAAAUGAGUGCACACUUCACUACAUGUCAUUGCCAAAAUGGCAAAUAUUCAUGUGAAAAGUGUCCGAGAUUCUCGACUAGUGAUGUGACUGGAUUUUUAGAACAUAUGUGCAUAAGACAUUUUGGCCAUCAAAGACUAAAUGAGGUUGAUAUGCACAAGAAGGAUAAUAAUCAGUUGGGGUCCAUAACCGCUAAUAAAACUUUAUGUUGUCCACACUGCAGCUAUGAAUCAUCUCAGAAGUGGAUGCUUGCUAAGCACAUUAAUGCCAACCACCGCCAUAAUGGUACCCAAAGAAAGAAGGUCCAUUCCAUAGCAAAAAAAUCAAAUGAACCACAAAUGAAGCCUAGGUUAACAAGAAGCACAGUAAGGGAAAUGUGCUGGUUAACACAGGACUGCCUUUCUCUGCCUGGGAGAGACUUCCUGGAUAAAUAUUGCCAUUUGUCUGACCCUCAAACUACACUCGAGGAGACCCAGCAAUUUUUAAUGAAAUCUGUUGCUGUAGAAAAGGGUGACCAGAAAUGGACCGACGCUCUCAAAUCGGUUCUGUCUAAUGUCCCUCAAGACAUUAGCAUCAGUUCCAAAUCAGAGAAUGGCAUCAUGUCAGAUUCAUCCGAUCUCACUGUCCUCACGGUCCAGAACAAGAUAACUGUGGCUCAGAAUGGCGCUACCUAUGCUAAAAGGCUGAAAAUGAUGGAAGAAACGGAAAAAGAAUGUAAUUUCCCCGAAAGUGCUGCUACUGAUGUUUGUCAGAUUGGAGGUCAAGUAAUUCUGAAUGAGGAGCCACGUUCCUUACAGACUGAAACUAAACUAACUAAAGACACAUUCAUUUCGACCCACAGUGACUCAUCUGAGUUCAUCCAGAUUCUGGAAAACCGAGAGAAUCAAGAAAAGACUGACUUUGAUAACGGGGGCAAUCCGGAUAAACAACCCCAUUUAGAAGGGAUCUGUGGAUCUGAUGAGCCAAUCGUCAUUAAUGAGAGCAAAGAGAAGAAAUCCAUGUGUAAAGACAAUCCAAAAAAUACAAGAAGGAAGCAAAGACGGAAAAUAAAGUGCAGAUCUAAAAAGGUAGUUAAAGGAACUUCGGGAGUAGCCUUAAAGAUUGUGUUGAAGAAGAAUCCUGUAAAAGAUAGGCAGUGGGUGUCACAAAGCCCAUCAGACAUUAAUUUUUCGAUGAAUGACCAGUACGCCAAACUAAAUCCUGAUGCAUCAGUAAAGGAUGCGACACAUCAGCAUGACCCCACUGAAGCCCUUAUAUUAGCACAUGGACUGCCUUCAAGUUGUGCUGCUAAGACUGUUAAGCAUGACAUUUCGUUCUUGCCGGACAAUGCAAAGAAAUUGCGACACUUGUUGCAAACAGAUCUUGACAAGAGUGAGCAGCCAGAUUUACCAGAGACUUCAGUUGAGGUCUGUCCUGAAAGCUUGCAGCUCCCUUCCUCCAGUGGUGCUCCAGACUGUUGUGUGUCAGCUGAUAAUGGAGCCACUCACAGCAGCUGCAGCCAGUCUUCCCCUCCUUCCCAACCUGCCAUUACACCGCAUGGUAUGCUGAACUCUGGAUCAGAGUCUAUAGAACAGAGUGGCCAUAGUAGAGAAGUGCCUCCAGACUCUUGCACAAAUCUUCUCAGCAAUGGAGCGGAGAAAGCCAUCCAAUUGGAACCAUGGCCAGCCUUUGUACCCUACCGGCAGCCUGUACCAAAAAGCCUGGAAAGGAAUCUGAAAUUGGUCGCCAUAAGCCCCUCACAGCUGAUACGGUGUCCAGUGAGAGACCAGCCUGUGGUGGUGCUCAAUCACCCAGACGCAGACAUCCCGGAGGUGGCCAGGAUCAUGCAGGUGGUCAACCGGUACAAAGGUGACGUGCAAAAAGUCAUCCUGUCUCGUGCCACUCUGAACGCUCUCUCUGACACAAAUAAUUGUACGAACACUCAUACCCAACCACCCUGGCAUGGGGAGAACCUAAUCCGGGAAAGGUUCAUUCUAAAACUGAGACUGCGGCGACUCAGUAGAAAGAAGUACGAGGUGUUAGAUCCAGUUUCUCCCAGCAGGGAUGUCGUGAAAAAAUUCAGUUGCUGGUUUUGCGGCAGAGUGUUUGACAAGCAAGAGGUGUGGAUGGUUCACCGCCAGCGACACUUGAUGGACUGGAAAAGGCCAAACUGUGAAAACGUUUGAAUGUGGCGCACACUGGAAAACAAAAGAUGACUUUGCAAUCACAAAAACAAUGACAAUCAGCUUCUCAAGUCUUAAGUCUCAGAUCCUGGACUUUCUCAGGGUAACAUUUACCUUUUUGGAGUAGCUCCAUUUAAAGUCUUUGUUGAUGAGUUGGUGAAGUCACAAGAAUGUGAUAUUUCAGUUGGUUCUUUGUACCCUUUGUUCUUGUCUAUGCAAAUGCUUAUUUUAAUACACUGUCACCUUUUUAGAAAACACUGUCCAUGUUUAUAAAUAACUACACAAAAAUUUGAGUUAAUGUACGGGUAGGUGAUACAUUGUGGUAUCUAAGAUAUUUAUGUUUUUGAAAUAAGAUAUACCACAUAUAGCAAAACCUUGUGUUGUAAAAAAAAAACUAAACAAAAAUGACAAUAAGCUGUUUUAUUCAACAUUUAUUUAUGCUUCUUGCAGAUACUUUCUAUGCAUUUAUUUGAAUUUCUUUUUGGGCCAAUGGAAUAUUUCUUGUAAAAUUGUGUAAACUCCAAAUAAUAUGUGAGUCUCAUAUCAUCUGUGACUGAUAUACUUUCAUGCAUUUAUUUAACAGUGGAUAUUCCUACAUUUUUUUUACAUAGUGAUGGUUUGUCAUAACCGUGAAUGAUAAGAUAAUUUUUUAUGAAAUCUGGCAUAGACUGGAGGUGGCGGUUUUCAAAGAGUUUACUAUAAUUUAACUUGAAAAUGAUCAUCUAGUUUUGUUUAUUUUACUUGCACUAUGAAAGAAGGACUUUCUAUUUCCUGUACCUCCACGCAUUAAUCCCAUGUGGACGACAAUCUCGAUUGGUGGCCUCCUGUGACAAAACAUUUCCGAAAUCAGCCAUAGGCUGUCUGUAUUGACUGCAGGAAUGUGUGUGUGUGUGUUGUGUGUGUUUGUGUGUGUCAUUCAGGGACCAUCCCUGUCUGUAACUCGCUGUAAAUAUUCUUGCUCCUCUAAUUUAGACAGCAUAUUUCUAAUUGAACAUAGUCCUACUAGUGGUACUGUACUGUACUCAAAGUGCCUUCCUAUUUGUUAUUGUUAUGCAACCAAUCUGUUUGAGCAUUAUUUGUAGAUGACAGGAUUAAUGAAAUUGUGUAAUCCUGAUAACAAGAUUAAAGAUGUGGAUUUACAGAG